UUUUUUUUUCUUUUUUAUUUAUUUUAAAUUUACUAAACCUCAUUUUCAUUAAAUAUCAUGUCAGAUAUCCGUAUUCUGGGUUACAACGCACUACUUACUCCCAACUAUGUGUCUGAAGAAUUCCCUAUGUCUGAGGCUUCCAAGGUCACCGUGGCUGAAACAAGGGAACAAAUCAAGGAUAUUCUGCAAGGAAAAGAUGAUCGUUUACUUGUCAUCGUAGGUCCCUGUUCCAUUCAUGAUACUCUGGCCGCAAAAGAAUAUGCUUCCCUUUUAUUACAAGUCAAGAAACGUCUUCAAGGUGAACUUUUGAUUGUAAUGCGAUCUUAUUUUGAAAAACCAAGAACAGUGGUUGGUUGGAAAGGAUUGAUCAAUGAUCCUAAUAUAGAUGGAAGUUUUGACAUCAAUAAAGGAUUACGAAUUGCAAGAGGAAUGUUAUCUACUUUGACAGACAUGGGAAUGCCAGUGGCAGUUGAAUUAUUGGAUACUAUCACUCCACAAUACCUUGGAGAUCUUAUCUCAUGGGCAGCGAUAGGGGCUCGUACAACGGAAUCACAACUACAUCGUGAAUUAGCUUCAGGCUCAUCAUUUCCUGUCGGAUUCAAGAACGGCACAGAUGGGAAUCUCCAGAUAGCCAUGGAUGCCAUUCGAGCGGCUGCCGUGCCACAUCAUUUUCUAGGUCUCACUCAUGCCGGUGUGGUCUCGGUCGUUCAUACCCGUGGCAAUCCUGAUUGUCAUGCCAUCUUACGCGGCGGUACGGAUGGACCCAAUUAUACUGCACCCUUUGUUCUCAAGGCAAAACAACAACUUACUUCUCUCCAUUUGCCCGCCCAUAUCAUGAUCGACUGUUCUCAUGGCAACUCUAGCAAAGAUCAUCGCAAUCAACCCAAGGUCGCCAAAAAUAUCGCUGAUCAGAUCGCUUCUGGUGAACACGCUAUCAUGGGUCUUAUGUUGGAAUCUCAUCUAUGUGAAGGUAAUCAACCCGUUCCCGCUGAUGGUCCUGCUGCUCUCAAGUAUGGUGUUUCUAUCACUGAUGGUUGUAUUGAUUGGGAUACUACUGAAGAUGUAUUGGAUAUGCUGGCUGAUGCUGUCACUACUCGUCGUUCGAAACAACAACAAAAUGGUGCUCCACAAGAAUAACAUCUCUCUCUUAUAUGGAUACCCCCCUCUCUUAGUUAGUUAUUUUUAUUCCAAAUAAAAUCAUAUGUUUGUG